AUGAAAAGAGUGACUGGUCUAUCAACCCUGAUUAUACUGUGGGUCCCAGCGGCACUCGUGUGGUCCGGCGUCUGUGUGGCUUUUCGGCCGGCCCUUCGAUGCUUUCAACCGGCACAUUCGUUGGGAAACGCCUUGCACCGAAAUUCAAGGUAUCACCAGUGCGACCCCCUUUGCUGGCCAACGAGGAGCAAGCGCUCAUUGUCAUCUAAAGAAGAAAGCGAAAAAGACAACGAACCACUAACACCCGAUAGAGUCGCGGCUCUGAUCGAGAGAUCAUUUGUAGAAGCUUGCAUGCAGUUGGCAAAGGGGUAUGUAGAUAUAUUGAAACUUUUCAUCGUGUCCACCAAGGCAGGUUAUGAACUCCUCCUCGGCCCCACAUCCUUGAUACAAAAAGUCGAUAGCUGCGAAAAUCAAUCCGCUGGACGGCUACUUAUGGACGAAGAGAUACAGCUGCGAAGAAACUGGAUCCAUGCCAUUUAUUUAACACUGGCGCAUCUCGACUGGAAAAAAGUGGACGCGAGUUCUUGGGAGGCAGACGCCCAUAUCUCCAAACAGUACCAACCGCUACUACCCGAGCUUGUGGAACUAAAAGCUACUGGAAAAGCUUUCGAGGCGGAAAACAUUCUAGAAAAUCAUCCCGAGUUGGUCAAGGAGGGUUCAGCCAUCGAUCGUGCUGUAGUUUCGCAAACUCUACGCGUUAUUUGGAUCACAAUGGAUGUGCUGCAAGAAGAAGAACUGGCAAAACCUCGGUCACCGCGUCCUCAAAUUCCCAGAGCGUUCGAUUGACUGUAAAUUCCCCCAUCUUGGGACGGCUCACUUGAGGGUUACCUUUUGUAGUUUAACUGUAAAUGAGUACAAAUGUGCCUUCGAU